AUGGCGUCCGAAGAGACUCUCAUAUCACUCCUUCAACUGGACCCGUCACCCAUAGAGACCCCGCCAGCCGACACCGAAAAGGAUCUUCCUCCUUUGCCCGAAGAUGCUCUUGAAAACAACACUGCGUCGCUCAGAUCUACCUCGUCCGCCCCAGGCCUGAGUGGCAGCGGUCAUGGCGCUAUCUUCUAUCUAACACGCAUACAAAGGUUCUCCUCGUACCUGAUACCCAUCUUCACCUCAAUACACCUUGCCAACACAUCGAUAAUACCUUUGAUCGCGCGCUCCGUUGCUGCUUCCGAAACAUACCUCCUGCAGUCACGAGAAAUCUAUCAGACGUCGUUGACGGAGCCCCUGCUUGUGGGAUUACCCGUCAUUGCCCAUAUUGCGUCCGGUAUUGCCCUUCGUCUUGUGCGUCGUUCGCAGAACCUCCGGCGCUAUGGAGGGAAUACCCCCGGCAUGUACGCUCUAUAUCGCGCCCAGACUGGCAAAACUUCCCGAACCAUGACUUCCAGCAGCUCUAGCUCGGCCGCCCGCAUAUGGCCGCCCGUAAGCUACAUCUCAAUAUCAGGCUAUGCCUUCGCGGUACUCCUCGCUGCCCAUGCCGGCAUCAACCGUGUGCUUCCUUUACAGGUCGAGGGCGACAGCUCCAAUAUCGGCUUGGCUUUUGUAGCCCACGGCUUUGCCCGGCACCCCGUGGUGUCGUGGUUGGCUUACACAGGUUUACUGGCUGUUGGGUGCGGACACAUGGUCUGGGGAGCCGCGAAAUGGUUUGGGCUCGCGCCGACGGCAAUGGGAUGGAGCGGCAGUGGCGCCAGAGUCAUCGACAAGAAGACGAGGAAACAGAAGAGGAGGGUGUGGUGGGCGCUGCAUGGCCUUUCGGCUGCUGCUUUCGGCAUAUGGGCUGCUGGCGGCUUAGGAGUCGUUGCAAGGGGAGGCUUUACAGACGGUUGGGUUGGGAGACUUUACGAUGACUUGUUUGGCAGGAUUCCUCUUCCAUGA